UUGGCUCUUGUGGCAAUCGGUCUAUACUCAAUUUUGUUCCUGUUGCUCUCAUUUUAAUUUAUUUAAAAUCGUACGUAAAGUAACGCAUACGGACGUUUGCAUAGUGUGCACUCAGUGAUUGAUUCCGUUAAAUACGUUUAAAUUGAAUGUGCAUUCAUUUAUAUUUUGUAACGGCCAGUUUAUUUAUGAAAGAAAUAAUUAAGUUUUUUUGUGGAAUUUAAAGAAAUAAAACGUAAUUAAUAACGAAAUUCGAAAAAUUUUUGAGAAAUAUUGAAAUAAAAAUAAAGUAAAAGCCGAAUAUUUUCGAGAACGAAUUAAAAUAAAGUGCAAAUAUUGUUUAGAAUAUUUGAAAAAAAGUGACGAGUUUUAAUUUAUUUAAAAAUAUAUAAUUUUCUAUAUAAAUUCUUAUUAAAAUGGACCAAAGUUUAGAUACGGAACACUCUGAAAAUAUUCUUCAAUAUGAACAACACAAUCAUGAAUUCAGUGUAAUGCUAGAUGACGUUCUUAGUACCAUAACAGACAGAAUGUAUAACCCACCGUCUGUAUCAUCCACCUCAUCAGCAUCCUCAUCACCCACUUUCACAAAUUUAUCAUCACAGCCCAAUAUUCCGAAUUUGGAAGGGGUUCGUCUGAAAAUCGUAGAACAACCAGCACUAAAGGGACUUCGUUUCCGAUACAUAUGCGAAGGUCGUUCGGCUGGUUCUAUACCAGGUGUUCACUCAACGCCAGAGAACAAAACAUUUCCCACCAUCGAAGUAGAAGGCUAUGAGGGAAAAGUUAAAAUUGUUGUUUCGUGUGUUACCAAAGAUGAACCCUAUCGACCACAUCCACACAAUUUAGUUGGUAAGGAGGGCUGUGAAUAUGGCGUUUGCCUGGCAACCAUCAAUGGUCCACCAAUGAGAGCCGUUUUCAGCAAUUUGGGAAUACAAUGUGUUAAAAAGAAAGACAUAAAAGCAGCUCUCGAAGAGCGAGAGAGAAAACGUAUUGACCCGUUUAAAACAAGUUUCGCCCACAAAGAUCAACCAUCAUCCAUAGAUCUCAAUGUAGUACGUUUGUGCUUUCAAGCCUUUAUACCUUUACCUGGUGUCAAGAAACCUUAUCCAAUACCGCCAGUGGUCUCCGAUCCGAUACAUGAUAAGAAAUCGAUAAAUGAUUUAGUUAUCUGUCGUUUGUGUAGCUGCGCCGCCAAAGUAACAGGAGGUGAUUCAAUUAUUCUGUUGUGUGAAAAAGUACCCAAAGAUGAUAUUAAAAUACGAUUUUUCGAAUUGAGAAACAAUGAGGUAUAUUGGGAAGACUUUGCUCAAUUUCAGCCGACCGAUGUCCAUAAACAAGCCGCUAUUACCUUCAAAACUCCCCGCUACAUCAAUCCUGACGUAAAGCAUAGUGUACAGGUAUACAUACAAUUAUUCCGGCCAUCGGAUGGAGAAACAAGUGAAGCGUUGCCGUUCGAAUUUCAUCCUGAUCUAGGUAUGCGAACAUUUCCGCGUAUACAACGCAAGUUAAAACACAGACAGGACAUGGAAAUAUUCCAGCAAAUACUCUCGUUGGACAGUGAAACAACUGCGACCAAAUAUUCAGUACCCUCGUUGGUGGAUGCUGAUAAUGAUAACGACGAUACUGUUACCAGCGACAGUUCAGCCAGUAAGCCUCUUAGUUCCGACACAUUAAACGAGCACGACGAGGCCCGAAAACGCCAAAAAGAAAGUUUCGACGAUGACAAUGACGGUGAUGAUGACGUUGAUGGUACAAACGGCGAUAUGGAAAUUGAGGUGCCCGUCCCUCUAAUCACUUUUCCUACUAUGGAUGAUGCCACUCAGACUUCGACACCAGUUGAAGAGAUUUUAGGGAAAAGAGAAAUAGAUUCGCGCGAAUUAACGACUGUAGAUAAAAUCACCGAGUGGAUGCAAUCUAAUGAGUUUGAACGUACCGACAGUCUUAUAGUUGAGAAUGGCGACAUUUUAUCUUUAAGUGGCACUACGAAUGCUAUUAAAGAAGCUAUGAUUACAAGUCAAGAUACAAUUUCCCUAACAGAUGACAAUCGCAUGAAUACUGAACUUAUUGAACAGGACAUAGAACUAGAUGAUAGAUAUUGUUUGGAAUUACUGGCCAAACGUAAUAUGGCCGAUCAGUUACAGGGAGACUAUAGUAGGGACUUAGCCGAUGAUGUAGAGAAUUUAAAUUGUUCUGCUAGUGCACAAGUGUCUGUAGAUAUUGAUGAAAACUUUGACGAGACCGCUACUUAUACUAGUCUUCAGAUCGCUUUGAAGAAUCCAAUUGAGAUUCCUAUCGAGAAUUCCAAAUUGAAAGCUCAAGCCAAAGCUAAUAAUAAUGAGAAUCUUGAAAAUGAUUUAGUAGUUUUAAAAAAUCCUCCGGCACCAAGAAUAAAACUAAGCGCAGCUCAAACGCCACAAACUCCGCCAUCUCCCCCCAUACCGUUACCACCUAGAACACCUUCUCCUAUUGGAGAACAAUUUCUACCGCCAUUGCCCCCCAAGCGAAAACCUUCCCAAGAAUUGUGGGCAGGCACUAACACAGAUACCUCACCUUGCAAUACAGCUAAUAGUAGUCGCAAUAGUAGUAUUUCUUCACGACCUCCCUCACAAAUUAUUAUCAUGCGUACACCCGAUCAAAGUCCUACCAAACGAUCGGCCACCUCAACGCCUUCGCCCAAGAAAAAACAAGGUUUCUUCUCACGUUUGUUUUCACGUAAGAAAAGCAAACCCGAUGCUACAGUUUCAGGUGAUGAAUCCAAUUCGAAAGCUACUACUCCAAAUCAAAGUCGUGAGCCCAGUAUUGGCAACUUUUCAAUGAAUGACAACAAUCGUGCAUCGAUACGUUCGGUAAAAUCUUUACAACCAAAUUCUCUGGGACUUGAGCCCAAGUCCAAUGAGAAAACGGGAAAAGCGGUAGGUCGUAGUGCUAGUAGUGUAUCGGGCAAGCGACCUGCCCAACGUAAUGCCGAUGUUAUUCACAUACCCCUAAAGGUUGAUAGCUCGGAAACAUUAGGCAAACAGGAGAGAUCUUACUCCAGUUCCUGCACUUUAAGAUACGAUGGUGGUCUUUUAGAUCGCAAAACCUUAAGUGCAUUACAAUUGGCCGAUAUCCCCAUAUCAGAUGGCAAUAUGGAACUUAUAGCCAUUGCCGAUCGGCAAAGUAUUAAGAAUUUAUGCGAAGGUGCCUAUGGUGUAGUACUCGACCCUGGUGUAGAUCUUUCAGAGGCUGAACAUUUUGCUCUGUAUACAAGUAUGCCAUCAGAAUGUGAUGAAGCCAAUGAUGAGAAUGUCUUCGCUAAUCAACCAGUUUUAACACCCGAAGAAGUGGCAAUGCGUUUGGCAGCAGCAAAUGGUCUGCAUUGAAAAUACAAUUCAAUGAUUUGUAUACUUGUUUAUGACUUCAUGAAAACUUUAGUUGUUCUUGUUUAAAAUUGACAAAAAUGUGUUUUACUCCUCACAAAGUCCUCUGACUUUUACGUCGUUACACAAAAAAGUCAGUGAUCAUUUCCAUCAAGUAUUUAAGCCAUUUUGUUUGUUGCAUUUGCUGCACUUUCUAAUAUUGUUUCAGUAUUUUUAUUAAAUUCGUCUUAAUUCGUUUUAAUAACGUCAAAUGAUCAUAAAAAUUAUGCAUAAGAUUUUAUCUGUCGCUCUAGACACAUUUUUAAAUGAUUUUAUAAACCAAUAGAAAAUAAGUAGCGACAAGCUGAAUGCCUCAGUAUUAUUAUUAUUAUCAUAUUCAUAGACAGAGAUGGGUGUGUACUAUCAGGAAAAACAACUAGUCAAGUGAACAAAUUAGUUUUAAAUUUUUUCAUUUUUCAAUUUCAUUUUAUUUUAAUAUUCACAU